AGACAGUGCACUAUUAAAUUUUGGUAAUAGUACUGUCAUGAUGAAUCACAACUUUUGCUUCAAAGAUCGAAUAUGUUUUGUAAGUCCAUACGUAUAAGUGUUUAUUGCAGCUCACAUUUAACAUAUCGUAUGUUUAUCUAAAUGUGUAGUUUAGCCGAAAAAAAAGAAGAAAAGAAAAUAUUAGGUACAUAAAUGAUGGUAUUUUUUAUGGACAACCUAUUUUCGAUUAUAUUUUUUAAAACUCGUAGCAAAACGAAACUAUUAAGGUUUCUCAACCUAAAAAUGAAAACAAGCGUCACUAAAUUAUGUGCUAUGUGAAACAAAAUUAAAGAGCCUGGAUAUAGGACCUAGUUUUAGUAGUUAAGAUUAUAAGUGACCAACUCCAAUCUUGAAUUCAAUGACAAUGAAUUCAAUGAUGAUUUCAAUGAACUUUAAUGAAACAAGUUAUAGUCAGUUAUACAAUAACAAUUUAUAGUGUUAAUUGGUGUGGAGUCGGUGCAGGUCUAUAUACUAUAUAUUAUAUAUGAAACACAAAGUGAUAAGUUAAAGUUUAAUAUUAAUAAAAUUAGAAUUUAGAGCUUUAUCUAAUUCUAAACAGUGUCUAUAUGUCCAGCAACCGGUCAAAUAGUGCGGUAGAUAUUUUUCCGGUGGGCAUAUCACGUGACCGCCGGACGACUAGUAUGUGUUAGUGUUAUUAUUCCAGCAGCAAAUAAAAUAAUAAAUAAAAAAGUCCAUUAUCUUGGUUUAAAUAUCUUAUAAAGCUCUACCUAGUAGCCUAAAUUUAAAAUAUGAAUCAACAAAAAUAAGACCAAUACAUGCCAGCAGGGCCGGCUUAGGCCACUGCAACCUAUGCUGCGCAGUGGGCCCCGCACUUUCAUAGGUCCCACUUUCUAAUACAAAAUCUUAAUUUUCACUUAUUAUCCUUAUCCCUACCCAGACUAGGCCCAGCGCAAUCCGUUUCACAUAGGGCCCCGCAAUUGUUAGGGCCGGCCCUGUAUGCCAGUUGACUGUCAAUGGAUCUACUGUCAAAAAAGUUUUAUUUUGGGCUAUUAAUUUUGCAUGAGAAGUAGGCUACCUCAACAGCACACUAUAUUGGCCCUACAUUUAGAUGUUGGUCUAUUUCUUUGUGAACUUUCAACCUCCCUGCCUUAAUUAUUUAUCACCUUACUAUUAUUUUUAUCCUUUCUCUCUCGCUCUCAGUAUUCCUUCCUUCUAGUAUGCAUUGUUCCCCCCCCCAUUAUUACUUAAAAUGAAGUGUAUACUCGACCGACCACCCCCCNCCCCCCGCAUCUCCAACGCCAGUUUCAUGAUCGACUAUUAGCGGUCAGGUGACAAGGCUGACAGACAGAUAUCUCGCCCAACAUUGUUUCGGCGGUCAUGUGACCUGGUCGCCGGACGAAUAUCUCGAGAACUUAUUCGUCCGGUCGUCGGACAUGCAGACCCUUUGUUCUAAAUAUGAUGCCGAUGACACUGAUGUAUUUAUUUUUUAACUUAAGUUCAAUUUCAGUAAUUUGACAAUAUGAUCCACCAUGGAUUCUUUGCAUUCCAUCUGCAGUUUCAAAUAUAAAUAAAUUGAGGUUUUAACUGAAGUGCGUCCAAUCAAUAAUCAAAACUAAAUAUUCUGUUUUAGAGUACUCUCCAGGUGUUUUUAGGGAGUUGUCUCAACCAUUUGCACAUUAUUAGAUGCUGUAAGAAAUGCUUCUUAACCCACAAACUGUCUUAACAGCAGAUGACCAAUUGUUAUGGAUGAGGAUGCUUCUUUGGUGUUACAGCUGAUAAAUUCAACCUGUACUAAAGUUAAUUUUAAAAAUAUGAAUCAGAAGUUAACAUAUAUUAUAUGGGGGAUAACUUUUACAAAUUGGAUUUACUUCCUUUUUAUGGAAAACUUGGUUAAAUAUUUCAUGUUGCCAUUUAUUUAUUUUUUAAAAUUUCAAAUUGAGCUGAAAUUUUCAGAGGUUUUUUGUUAAAACUAACUUUUAUGACUCAGAUGUGGGGCCUGCUAAACAAAGGCAUACUUUCUGACUUAUGCCAUUUACCCUGUCUGGGAGCAUAGGCCAUCUACAAGAAUUUUCCAUUCAUCUUGGACCAGUGCUGUCAUUUCCAGUUGCUUUCAGGUGUAUUCCAUACUUUGUGUGUCUGCCUCUAGCUCUUGUCUCCAAGUAUUCUUUGGCCUCCCUCUCUUUCUUUUUCCCUGUGGAUUCCUUGUUAGGGAUUGUCUGGUGAUGUUAUCUGGGGGUUUGCGGAGAGCGUGCCCUGUCCACCUCCAUCUUUUCCUUAUUAUGUCUCAAGCAAUAGGCUCCUGGUAUGUUCUUUCCUGUAAGUUUUUGCUGGUGAUGGUGUUUGGCCAGUUUAUUUUCAGAAUAUUUCUUAGGCAAGCAUUCAUGAAGGUCUGUACUUCAUGCAUGAUGCUCGCUGUUGUUCUUCAAGUUUCAGCUCCACGGAGUUGGACUGAUAUGACAUUUGUGUUGAACAUUCUGACUUUGGUUUGCAGAGCCAACUCCUUUGACUCCCAUUUUUUCUUUAAUAGCACAAAUGCUGGCCUAGCCUUUCCCAUGCUGGCCCUGACAUCCACAUUGGAUCCACCGUUAAGGUCAAAGGUGCUGUCUAAGUAUGUGAAGGCCGCCUCUUCCAGUGCACAGCCUGCCAGAGAAAUAUGCUCUGGUGGCUACACCUUUUGUCUCUUCCUGCAUUUUUUGCUGGUUGUGGGACAGAAGUGCAAUGUCAUCUGCAAUGUCUAAUUCAUUCAGUUGUACCCACUGUGUCCAGUUCCUCUUUUUGUCAGCGGAUUUUUUCAUUAUCCAGUCAAUGGCAAAGAUGAAUAGAAAGGGGGACAAGAGACAUCCUUGUCUGACUCCUGUUACCAUUUUAAAAGCAUAUGUGUAUCACCCUGCAUGUAAAACAGUUCACUAUUCUAAUAUUGGAAGCACUGGAAAAAAAGGGACUAAUGAAUUUAAUUAUCAUUGUAUUAAGAAAUAUGUAGGUCACCAAUGACUUUUUCAAAAUUUCUUUAAACCCAAAUAACUUUAUAUUUUCCAAACUGAAAAUAAUGUUUAUGUGUCUGAAAAAAAGACUUAUGACGAUGAUAAAAAGGACCCAGCAGUUAUUGCAGGUGUGAGUUAAAUGAAAGAUAAACAAUUGUACUCACUGUUGAAAGGUCAAGGUCAUAUUAAUUUAAAAAAACAAAGAGAAUUCUAACAUUCAUACCAUCAGAUUCCUUGUCAAAUUUACUCUCAGAAUAUCUAUAUUUUGUUGAUACAUAUCAAAGUUCCUAAAAAAAAAUUGACACAAGAGCAUGUUUGACUUUGACAGUUUGUGGGCUAAAGGGCGACCAACUUCACCCUGGGGUGCCUGGGGGAUAGAUUAAUGCUUAGGUAGUAAGUCAAACUUGCAUUCUAGAAUAUGGUCAUAGUGUAACGUUCAAGGGUCUGCACCUGUUGUGUUCUUUCUGUGCAUGCCACAGCCCAGAGUUCGCUGGGAAACACAGUCUUUUCACUUUGCUUAUUGUGUUCUGUAUACUUUGUCUUAGUUCAAUUUACAAUCAAAAUAAAAAUGUGAAAAAUAAAUGACAUUUUGUUUAAAUCUAGUUAAGUGGAGUUUAAUUUCUAUCACAUUUAAUUUGCUAAUAAUACAAAUUAAUUAUUUGACAAGGAAGAAAUUAUUUACCAAUUUAAUAUAAUUAUUCUAUUUAUGUUUUUCUUAAGGUCACUUGAGUCGCAACUAAAGAAAUUUGGAUGGCAUGGAACGGAGAGGGUUAACAAUGUAAAGCCAUAAUUGUUUGUCAUUACAUCUUGUACAAUCUUCACAAAUGGAAGGGAUUAAGCAUGGCCAGAGGCUUCUCAUGGCCCUGUAUCCCUUGCCUGGUGAGACUGCUGCUGAGACUGUGACACUUGGCAUGGGUGGCGUGCUGGCUGCAGUGGGUGGACUGAUUGGCUUACUUUUUGUAGUGCUGCUGUGUGCAUGUAAGGAGGGGUAAGUGACAUGACCACAGACUACAUAUAUUUUUUUAAUACUGAUUAGAACAUUUGAACAAUGCUACCUGUCUGACGGCACUAAAAAUAAAAAAUGCUCCAGGAAAGGUAACAACGUAGCUUAUAAGUUGAUGGCACUUAAAACUUCGUUUUCUAAAACAACUGUUUCCUCUUGUAAAUGAAUUUUUUGUUUAUUGUAAUGUUUGGGAAUUGAAGGAAAAAACAAUCUUCAUUUUUAUCCGCUAACCAUGUCUGACGGCAUUGCAACUACUGAUCCAUCUUUCAGUUUGAAUUAAAUGUAUUUAUGUUGUUAUCCUAAGCCAAAAUUGAUGAGCGUUGUUUAUUUCAGGGAAAAGAACAAUGAUGAAAGUGCUGCACUACAGGAAAGAAGAGAUCAAAAUGUAAAUAUAAUUUUUUUAAAUUAUUUGUUUUCUAAUAAACUGAAAAAGUUAAGAAAAAUUUACAGCUGUUCAUAAGCAAAAUGUUAUUUAAAAAUUAUAUUACUCUAAUGAGGAGGGGAUACAUUUCUGCACAAAAAAAUAAGUUUACUUUGAAUGGUAGAAAUAACUGGUUAGAGAUUUUUUCAUAAAUUCCUUUAAAUGGGUUAAGUAAAUGAUUGAUUAACUUCUUAAGACUAGAACCUGUGUCAGUUAAAUUUUUAAAUAAGCUUAAUGCAUGGAAAGCCCUAAUAACUAACCACGAUUUCUUUAUUGUCCUGAAACACAGGAGGCACCAAAGGCUGAUGGAGCAGAGAGUAAACUGAAGGCUAUUGGAGAGACAGUUGUGCCAAUGACUAAUGGUGGGCCAACAACAUCCAGUACUUUGCCUGGGUAUGGUCUUGUUACUGCACCAAAUAUCACAACGCACAUGCUUAUAAACUUUUGCCCAACAUGAUGUUUGAUGUUAUCAUGUGAAUAAAAUAUAACUUGUUUUUUUUUCCAGCCACAGCCGUCAGGCAAGUGCCAGCUCUGUACACAACAUGCGGCCAACCAGCCUGAGAGAGCUGCCGGAGCCUCCUGUCUCCAACCACACACGCAAUGCUUCACUGUCUGGGAUAGAAGCAUCCAGUAAUUCCAUGAAAGGUGCCGUGGCUCCAGGGGGCCCAGAGUACGCUUACCCCCAGCAUCUACCGCAGCACGGCAACAGGAACACCCCUGGCGGUAAGAACUCUGUGGUGGGCAACGGCAUCACCAGUGAAAAAAAAGUAAAGUCCCACUCCGACGGCUACGAUCACCUCCGGCCAAAGUUAUCUGCCAAACCUACAGGUGAGUUUGUGUUGAAUAAGCUGCAGCACCGCUGUAUGUGCUCAGUCAUUUUGGAAUGACAUACAGUUAGUGUUCCUUCAAUGCACAUGGUUUCAUGUUGGACAUUAUUUACAUUGCAUAGUUAGGUAAUUACACUCUUGUUUUGGAAAUAUUCAUGGAAAUAUCUGGAUGACAUGUUUAGUUAUUUGGUGUUUUUUUUCACCGAUUGUAAUUUAUUUUUAGAGGCAAUAUUCACUGUUUGGUGAAAUAACUUUCAGGAAAAUAUAAAAGCUUAAGCAGUUGUGACUGUAAUACCCUGAAUUCAUGUUAAGUUUUAUGUUGUUUCAAUGUAAUCUUCCUGGAUCAUCUAAUGUAUUGUUUGAUUUCAUUCGCUCGCAGUCUUUCAAAUUUGUAAAGAUCUAUUUGAAAAAUUCAUUGUCAGAGCUAAAGGUAAUCAGAGUUUAAGGUAGUCAGAGCUUGAUUUGCAACAUAAAUUUGUUAUUAUUUACGAAUGGCACUCCUUCCGACAGACUAUGACAGCCUGGCGGAUCAUGACAACGCAGGGGAAGAAACUCCCAUGUCAGAUACAGGAAGUGCUGGCGAUGGCCAUUACUCUCACCUGCGAGAGGAGGAGUAUGCCAUAGUGAAGGACGUCAAGGCAAAGCCGUCCCAGAGCUCCACAGAACAUUUCUCUGGAAUGAAAGCUAAGCCUCUCAGCCCAGUCAGCCAUUACAGCCAGGUAUUUUUUUUAUUUUUUAGUGACUGAAUGAAAUUGCAACACAAUUGAAUUUGUUUAAACUCACUCAGUAAUAAAUUUAUAUUUUAAAAAAAACAAAACUUAUUUCACAAGUUGUAAUUUUUUUUCCUACCUUCUUGUAUUUAAAUAUUCUGCAGUUUAAUCAGAAUAAGCAUUCAGCAUUGACAGAAAUUUCUAAAUAUUUUACAAAUUCGGAUUAAUUUCUAAUUAUAGAAAAAAAAAAGUAAGUUGUGGCGCAUCAGAAAUGAAGAUCAGCAUUCUCACCAUUAGAAUUUUGUGUGUGCUUGAAAAGCUUACCAUUGUUUUAAAUAAGUGCAGGCUUCAGUUUUAUCAGAAAUAAGGGAAGAACUGUCACCACGUUGUAAGCAAUACAAAAUAUACAGAAGGGUAGAGAAAAACCUUUGUAUAUUUCUGUAUUAUAAUGCACUUUUUGGUAUUUAGACUUAUAAAUUAGCCAGGUAAUUUAAGUUGUGUGCCCUCCAGAAUUGUUGGGAGUCCUGCUGCUGAAGUUGUUCUAAUUUUUUAUAUAUUUUUUUUUACAAAUGUUUUAAAAAUUAUUUUUGUUUUGAGUGCUCUUAUUUUAACCAAUUGACUUGUAAGAAUUAUUGUAAAUGCUGAUCUUUUCAUCAAACCUUUUCUUGCCUCUUUUAAAUGCAGGUGACCGACGAGGAUCCUUACAACCAUAUUGGGGACUCAGACGGCGCUGUGUCUGCAUCUUUCAUCCACAGACUCAAACAAUCCAACACUGACAUGGACCCGUAUGCCACCUGCCAGGACACUGCGGGGGAGCUGCAGAGCAUCCUCGAGGAGAGGGGUGCGGUGGGGGGUAAUUGAUUUAUGUGCUAAAAGGGAAUGUGUACAAUGUCAACAACAAAAAUUCCAUUUAUUGGGAUCAAUAAAGCAUCUUAUCUUGUCUUAUCUCAUCAUCUUCUCCUAUCAUCUCAUCUUAUCAUCUUAUCUUAUCAUCUAACCUUAUCAUAUUAUCUUAUCAUCUCAUCUUAUCUAAAUAAACAUCACUACACUGUUGGCAUUACAUUUAAGGCACAGUCUCCAAAGGAAACUUUAAGUGGUUAGGUUUCCGUGCACCCUUGGGGAAAAGAGCUGAUUUGGUGGGCUUUCUAGGCCCUGUAGUUUGAAAGAUAAUUCUAUUGUUUGAAAAAGAUUAUUUUAUAACUCAGAUGUUUAUCUUGAGGUUUCCCAAACAAUUUAAAGAAGUGGAGUCAUGGGUGCCACUUUUACAGAUUAUUCCGGAUUCGUGAGGCUGAAUAUUUUUCAGCUCCGGCUUUGCAAGUUUUUAUUUUCUCUCACUCUGGAUUCGCCAGUUCCGUUUAUUCAAAUACAUAUUCUGGGUUUUAAAAAAAAAAUCAACGUAUAAGAACGCGUGAAAACCUAUUCAACGAGAAGCGGGUUUGCUUUAAAUAGAGCAGGUACUAGGACCUCUCACUUUUGUUUGCAAGCCUCUCGCUUUCAUUUGCAAGCACCUCGCUUCUUGCUGUGUCAAGUUACUUACGCAAACAAUGAUAUUGUCAUUUCAUUUAAAUUACUACAGUUUGAAGUAGGCACAUUUCUGUUGUACCGGCAAAUAUAUUUUUUUUAAAACUUUCUCAAAAUGUGUUUUGUGGAUGUGAAAGAAAAUAUUGCAGAAUUGGGGAAAACUGUUAAAAUGGCGGCGAUGACACUGAUUGGAAAAUGAAAUCGUCACUUCAUUUAAAGUUUGGUGUAAAAAAAUCGACCACCCUGGCAUGUAGGCCUACUUUACUUGAUACUAGUAGUACUUAAGAAUACUACUAUUUUAGUUUUAUAAACAUACAGAUACCCAAAAUACUACAGCCAUUCCUGAAAUAUCAUUUUAGGAAAUGGCAUCGACGGGCCGUCGAGCCAAGGCUCUUUAUGCUCUCCCCAAAGUGCCCCCCUAAGCCGGAGUAUCGGGCCACAAAGCGGCACUUUGGAAAUAUCCCUUUGCCAGGACAGCCCCCACCCGAGUCCGCUUGAUCGGGUUCCACUGGUGGCCGCCCCAACCCAAGGACACCCAUUGCUAAAUUCUUUAAAUAAAUUUAAUCGUUUUUAGUAAAUAAGUGAUAUAUAUAUAUAUAUAUAUAUAUUGCAUUUUUGGGGGCAAAUUUAAAUGUCUUCAUUUGCCGGUGCUUUGUCCCCAGUUAUUAGUUUUUUGGAUAAAUAUAUGCAUAUAUGAUGUAAUCGUUGCACAAGAAAUUAUUUCUUGUGUAUGAAUUUUAUGAGUUUUGUUAAGUUUCAGGGUUUGAAAAAUUUGUAAAUGAAGUUUGUUUUAGGUUUCAAGAAAGUUUUAAAAAGGGUUUUCAGGGUUCUCAGCUUUCAGUAAGUGGCACCCCUGAGUGGAGUACUUACAUGACUACAGUCACAGCUAUUAUUCAUCACAUUGCUAUCACAUACACAGAGCCUAAUAUAAAAGUAAUGGAAUUCAGAUAGUCAAUGUUAUGUAUGUAAAUAUCCAAUUGCUUCAUUGCUAUUGUUGAGCGGAAUAUCCAAAUUAUUGUUUUUAUUGAAAUCAUGUAUUGCCGACCUGGCCAGUUGAUUCUCCACACUAUGGUGUGAUGAUUCGCUUGUCACAAGAAAAAUAUGUGUUGGUUUCUUUGCUGACCAAAGAGAUGUUAGAACUGAAAGAAAAAACAUUUCCUAUUCAGGUGGCCACCACUUGUCAACUGGAGGGAGGAGUCCCUUGUCCCCACCCAAAAGUUUUGAUGACUACAGGGACAGGGCUGAUGAGUACGCUGUGGUCAACAAGACAAGGGGGGACAGUGUCAAGAACAGGCGGUCUUUCAAUGCCAGCAAUGAUGAUGACAAUGCGCAGGCCAACACACGGCCACCGGAGCCCCCUAGGAUGUAUGACAUCUUUGAUGACGAUGGUGACACUUUCCCUCUGACAGCAGCACCAGGUCACAAAAGAGGUAAUUGAUAAGAGGAGGGAAAUUUCCAUUAACUCAUUCCUGACGGCAGUGCUACUUCGGUACUUAAUUGAUAUUUCUGAAUUAAGGGGAGUAACUCUGUUUUAUCAUUUUGUACACAAAAAUUAACUGCUAAGUAUUAAUAACUCAUAAAGAUAAGUGCAUCCAGCAAUGAAUAAGGUGUAUUAAAAAAACAUAACAUUAAUGGCAAACAAAUAGCAAGCAAUGACCAAAAAAUCUAUUUUUGGCAUCUCGGAUGAACACAUGCCAGAUAACGGUGCUAAGGACUAAAGCACACAUAGAUUGAAAGUAAAACAAGAUUUUUUAAAAUUCGUAAAAAAAAACCUUAAAAUUACGCCAUCACUUGACUCUCGAGGGACGUGAGAUUUCGUUGCUUUUUUAAUGCUAAAAAUGAUAGAGGGGAGCUGCUACGUGUCAGAACCCCUCGAAGCACACAUUAGUGGCAACCGCUGGGAGCAAACACUGCUUCUGAUUGAUAGCUCUCAUUUUAAUUCGCUGUCAACAAAUUUUUUGAGUCAUUUUUACAUUAAGAUCUUCUUAUUUGGUGAUAAAUUAAUAAUGAAUUUUGUCCCCCACAGAACACAAGUAUUCUAAAGUGACAGCGAGGGAGUCCCUUGCCAGCAUGACUGAAAGGAAUGCCCUUAAUCCUUACGAGAUGGUUCCUGACCUGCCAGAAAACACAUACGCCACAGUAGGUUGAGUGUUAAACUUGUGUGUUUCACAGCAGCUUGAGUGCUAAAGUAGUGCGUUUCACAGCACAUUGAGUGCUAAACUAGCAGGUUGAGUUCUAAACUAGCAGGUUGAGUGCUGAACUUGUGUGUGUCACAGCAGGUUGAGUGUUAAACUAUUGUGUGUCACAGCAGGUUGAGUGCAAAAAUAGUGUGUGACACAGCAGGUUGAGUGUUAAACUACCAGGUUGAGUGCUAAACUAGUGUGUAUCACAGCAGGUUGAGUGCUAAGCUAGCGUGUGUCACAGCAGGUUGAGUGUUAAUCUAAGUGUGUUUUAACAGUUGGUGAAAAGAUAUAACAAUAGUGUUACACAGUGUGUUGAAUGUGAAACUAGUUUGUGCUCCAGAGCAGAACUCCCCAACCUAGUUGCCAAUUUGUGUGUCCUUACUUCAUCUGCUUACCAAAGGUACACACACAUUUAGAUAUGUUUAUUAUUUUAAAUUGACACUGCCAGUCAGCACAUUUAAAAAUGUCUUUGUGUGCUCUUAGUUGACCAGUAAAUGAUAACACAUCUUUUGUUCAGUGUUUUGCUGCAAACAAUUAAUAUUUCAGAAGAGGCGCUUGGUUAUUUUUGAAGACUCCUUUCUACCCGCAUUCCCAUCUUGUCUGUCUGUCCGACAUAAUUUUUUUUUUCUACACACGUGUCUGAGCUCGCUCGCUCUGUGCCUCAUGGUCAUCUGAAAGGUCACGUCAGAGUAGUGUCAACAUUCUGUCUGCUUAUUUUAGUGAACGUCAGGAGAAAGAGUGUGGGAGUAGGGUAGAUCGUAUUAGAGCUGUAGGAAUUUGGGGGUUUUAAAAGAAAAAGUAAAUAAUGUGUCUUUAGUCGAUAAAUACAAUUUACAAUUUUAAUACUGAAAAGUAGCAAAUAAAAAAUCUUUUUAAAAAAGACUUGCUAUCAAAGAUGAGUUUUUAAACCACUAAAAAGUAGAAAAUAAUUUAGAAUUUCUCAAAAUGUGUUACACAAAGAAAGUCAGUGCAGCAAUUAUUUUCAAAAUUAUAACACAUUUAAAUUUUGUCUAUAGUCAAUUCAAAUCCUUUGGCUACCUAAAGUGCUCUUCUACACUUCUGCACAGUCUUUCUUCGCAUUAUACAUUUUAACAAAUUUUAAUUCAUUUUCCACUUUUAAGUGGUUUAAACCUGUCUUUCAUAGAAAGUCUUUUUUUUUUUUUUUUUUUAUAAUAAAUUUUAAUUUUUUUUUUUUUUUUUUUUAUUUUUUGAUUUAUUUAAUCUUCAUAGUUUUGGUCCUAUUUAUUAUUUAUUAUUAUUUUUUUUUUAAAUUAACAUUUUUUUUUUUUUUUAAUUUAAGGGCAAAAUAACAGUUUUGUUUUUCUUAUAUAUUGAUGGUUUAUGUUCAGACUCAUGAUACAUUCCUAGUAUGACCUCCCUUUGAUUAAAUUUUUUUUAGUCUUUGUAACAACAAUGCUGUGUGCGUGCGUGUCAGAUUUUUGUACAUAUAGUCCAUUAAGAGGAGGUGCUCAUCAAGAGGAGUUUUUCAUUGUUCUAUCUGUAAAUAGAAUGCAUCGUUUUAAUAAGUUGAGCUUAUUUCAAAACUGUUCAACUAAGAGAUGGACACAACCGCAACCCUUAUUAAAAUGGAGAUGGUAAUUUUUUGUUAAUUCUUAAGAACAGACUUGAGGUCACAAUAUUGUGUCAAACCUUUUUGUUAAUGAUCCGAGUGCUAAUCUGGAGACUUACAUAAGUAUUUAGCGCAUCUCAUUAUAUAAUAUAUAUAUAUAAAUAUAUAUAUAUAUAUAUAAAUAAAUAUAUAUAUAUAUAUAUAUAUAUAUAUAUAUAUAUUAUAUAUAUAUAUUAUAUUAUAUAUAUAUAUAUUUUUUAUACAAAUUUUUUUUUUUUUUUUUUUUUAUAAGAAAUUUUAAUAUUUUUUUUAUUUAGUAUGAUUUCUUGAGUUCAGGGUUUUGAUACUAUCAUAUUCCAUUGUACCUGCUUUGGCUUCCCUUAGAUUCAAGACAUACAAAUUCAUAGGCGGUAUUAUUUAACCCCCAACUCCAGAUGUCUGAUGUCACAUGCGUUUUGAAUCCAACCUCGUAGCCGUGUAAAAGUUCACAGCUCACCGGGGAAGAAACGGAACAAACCAGAUGACGGAAAAGAUGAAAUAGAUUUUUGGUCUUCAUUUCAGGUGGAAGGAGGCUCAGGGGAUGGCGUAAUGAUGAGGAGCGGAUCUGUCGCUGGGAACCAAGAGAACCGGCUGAGCCAGUCGAGUGACACGUACGCCGAGAUAGGUGAGAAGGUUUGACUUGUUCGCACGUCUAACACAUGAUGAACAAUGAGAAGAUUUGAGUUGUUCAUAUCGGUAUGAGGUGAUAAACAAUGAGAAGAUUUGAGUUGUUCAUAGCUCUAACACAUGAUAAACAAUGAGAAGAUUUGAGUUGUUCAUAUCUCUAACGCAUGAUGAACAGUGAAAAGAUUUGAGUUGUUCAUAUCUCUAACAAAUGAACAUCACAUUCUUAUUUCCCACCAGCCCUUACAAGCUUAAUUAAGCAAAGUCAUGACAGCUCUGAAAAUUGAACGAUACCCUUAAAAAUCAUUGUCCCGAAUUUAAAAAAAAAAAAAAGAUUCAGAAUUAUUUUACCGAAAAAGCCCCAUCUAUUGCUUACAUACACUGUGUCCGGGGGAAAAAAGCCCAUUUUAAAACUCUUUUGAUAAUUAUGAAAACACUUGUAAAAAUUCAUCAUUGUUAAAAUCCCCAACUUUAGUCCUGACCGACAUACCAAAAAUUUUGAACUGUCUCUGAUAAAAUAUAACAUAAAGUUACAAUCAAAAUGAGUUUUUGGUACUUACCAAAUUGAUAAAUAUUCACCAUUAGCUUUCGUCAUUAUUAAAACGGGUUCUCCUUUUUUUUUUCCCAGACGCAGUGUAUAGUUGGGGAAAGAAAAUUUGGUUUCUUUGUUUUUGUCUACGGCAUGAGUUGAGCUUCAGUGUACUGAAAAAUUAGCCCUUUAUAAAGUCUGCAAAGAAUAUAAAUAAGCUUGUACAAUUUCUUAUCAACAUGUUCCCUAUCAAAUAUUAGUUUCUAUCCUGAAAUGUUAUUCAUUAUGUUUUCUUCCUGUCACAUCUGAAUCAGGCAUCUCUGGUGGAGGACUGAGCACCAGUGUCAUCAGCAACAGCAGCAGCAUAGGUGGUAACAACAACAACAGCAGUAGCAGUGGCGCCCCCAUCCCACCAUCCCUGGACUCGCUUCACAUGAUGACCAAGUCGCAAACGUCCAGCGAGGGUGACCGCCUGAGUGACAGACACCUGGCAUCCCCCGAGGACACUGGCCUGAACCCGACAGAGGAUGAUGACUCCGGCGACAGCAUGGAAGAUGGGUACAGCACACUGAAACGAACCGACGGCUUCUCCCCUCGCAGCUCAGCCCUCCCCAACAACCAGGGAGGGCCGCAUGCCACCGAUGAGGAAUCAGGGGAGGUCACUCUGAUUUCCAGCUACCAGUCUGUUAAAGAUUGCAUAUCUGACAAUGAGGCUGUGGAGGACCUUGAGAAUGACCCAAAUUACGAAAGUGUGGAUGAAACCAGGGCCAAAGUGGCUGCCUUGAGAGCAAGAGAACGAUCUUCGUUGGACUCGAGGAAUUCUGAAUUCAAAUCAGGGGCAGCCAAUGGGGCGGCUGUUGUGAAAGUGUUACAGUCCGUGAGUUCCUUGGCUCAGGGGAAUAAAAGUGAACAAUCAACCAACCACAGGCGCAGGUUGGAUCACGAUUACGAAGAAGUGGACAUCACCCCACCAUCUUCUCCGUUGUCGUCACAUCGCACAAUGUCUGCGGCAUUACCAUCUUCACAUCAAAACAGCGCCCAGGCGCCUUCGCAUUUUUCAAACGACACAAACUUUAAAGAUGACAGGGAGGGGACCUUUGAUUCCCACAUGUACGAAGAACUAUCCGAGGUGCGGGCGAAAAAGUCGGAUAUCGAUAAAACCAAGAAAGGAACGGCGCUUGGCAAAUCUGGCCCCGAAGACAGAAAGAAAGGUGGUGCCGCGGACAAGAGUAGCGCAGAGGAUAAAAAAAAGAGCAGCAAUAUGG